AGAGUUAGCAACUAUUAAUUUAUUGUAACAAUAAAUCUGUCCUACUUCCGUAAUAGAAAUGAAAAUGUCUUUUAUGGAGCAAAUAAUUAUGUGGCUUGCUCUAAUCCUAUUCCUGUGUGGCUCUAGUCAAGCAGUCGUUGGUGAAUUGGAAGAGAAAUCACAUGGGGGACACGGCCACGGCUCACACGGCCAUGGUGGUGGCGAUCACGCCGGUGCUGGAUAUGGAGGACGCAAAGGUAGCGUGAACUCCAAGAGCUACGACCGCGGUUUCAGUUAUGGCACUGGACACGACACAGCAAAAAGUUACGGUGCUGGUGAAGAAGACUAUGGUGGUAAAGGAUACGGCGAUAAAGAGUUUGUCGGAUAUGGUUUAGGAGACCUUGGUUAUAGAGGAUUUGGAAUUGGUGGCUUUCGAGCGCCUUUUAUUUUCUUUAGAUAAUGUAGUUUUGAAGUAAUAUUUUGAUUUCAUGUACGGGUAUAUUUGCUUAUGCAUUAUAGUAAUCAGUUGUUCCUUGAACUGCCUUGCUUUGAUUAAUUAUUGUCACUAAAAAGAAAUGAUUUUCCUUGUGUACUUCUUGAAUUAUAUUCCUUAUAUGUAUGUAAUUGGAAAAGCUUCUUUCAAUAAAUUAAA